CUCACUUGCAUCAAACUGCAGGGCGCGCCCGCAGUCCAACCUCCACCAAUCGCACUAGACGUUCCUUUCUAUUUUGCGCAGGAAUACCACGGUCCCUUUCCUUAGUCUAAAUACUCGACAUUUCGCGAGUAAGUAGCUCGACGAGACGAAGCCUGAAAGCGCAAGCUGCGCAAGAACACGAUACCCAACGUCACCAUGGCGCAAAAUCCAAACAACCUCGCGCAGUUCAAAUAUGCGGCCAUGUCAAAUUUGGUUUUGCAGGCGGACCGUCGAUUUACGACGCGCCGACCAGACGAGCACACGGGCGAUCCCGAGUCACUUGCUGGCCGUAUAAACAUUCGGGACAUGGGAGGACGGACGGCGCGAGACAAUGCGCCGACACAGCAGAAGAAGCCCAAGGGGCCUGGGAUUGAGCGAGGAAGCCUUGCGGAGGGCGGAGACGUCCUCGAGAGGGAGCAGCGCAAGAGGAAGAGGGACGAUGGCACAAGUGCUUUCGGGGCCACCGCUGCUGCUGAUUUCAAUAUCGAGGGUCUCACAUAUAAGCCACGGACACCUGCGACUCGCGCGACCUUCGACCUCAUUACAACUAUAGUGAGCAAGUCCCUCGGCGACGUUCCGGUUGCGACUACAAGGAGUGCCGCCGAUGCGGUCCUGGAAUACCUAAAGGAUGAUAGUUUGAAGGAUUUCGACAAGAAGAAAGAAGUCGACGAUCUUUUAGGUUCUUCCAUGGGCGCAAAGGAGUUCAACGAGCUGGUCAACUUGGGCAAGAAGAUAACCGACUACGAUGCGCAGGAUGACGAAGAAGGAGGUGACGAAGAAAUGGCGGAUGGUGACGGGGCUGAGAACGGCGACAACCAGGGUGUCGCUGUCGUAUUCGACGAUGACGAGGAUGACGAAGAGGGCGCUCAGACAUUCGAAGUGCGCGACGUCGAUACCUCGGAUGAAGAAGACGAAGCAGAGACUGCAGUGGAACAGAUUGGAGGCGACCAGGACCCAGAGGACCGCGGCAUAGCAGACACAGAAGAGACUGUACUACAAGGCGACAUAAACAGCUCGAUAGAUCGCAAGGACAGUGGCGACCAACUCAUUCCCGCACACGAGAUCGAUGCGUAUUGGUUACAACGGCAAAUAGGUCAAGUCUACGAAGACGCGCAUACACAACAAGAGAAGACACAGGAAGCACUAAACAUUCUCGCAGGUGUCUCCGACGACGGCGAAGAGAAGGAGUUGCGUGAAAUUGAGAAUGAUCUUAUGGAACUGUUCGAUUACGAACACCACGAACUUGUUGCGAAGCUUGUCCUCAAUCGAGAUCGAGUCGUUUGGGUCACAAAGUGGAGAAGAGCAGCAGAGGAUAAUGAUGAGCGGACAGCUGUUGAGCGGGAGAUGAGAGCUGCGGGCCAGCAGCAAAUCCUCCAAGAGCUACGCGCAAGGGAGACUGGCAUCAAGGCUGAGGAUAGCGCAGGCACUGGGAGGAUGAAAUUUAACCUCAAAGAUAUCAGCCUACCGGAUACAGGAGAUGUGGACAUGGCUGAUGCUCCAAAGCCUGAUGGCGUGGUUGGUGGACUACAGCCGUCAAGUCGACUGGUCAAUCUGGACAACAUUGUUUUCGACCAAGGCAAUCAUCUCAUGACAAAUCCUAGUGUCAAGCUGCCACAAGGAUCAACUCGUCGCCAAUUCAAGGGCUACGAAGAGAUUCAUGUGCCUGCGCCGAAAGCAAAGCGCGAUCCUAACGAACCACAGCUCAUGCCCACCUCUUCGCUGCCAGAUUGGGCGCGAGUCGGUUUCGGUUCCUCGAAAUCGCUCAAUCGCAUCCAAACGAAAUGUUACCCAUCAGCGUUCAACGACGACGGAAACAUGCUCAUCUGCGCCCCUACAGGCUCCGGAAAGACAAAUGUCGCUAUGCUUACGAUGCUUCGCGAGAUUGGCAAGCACCGAAACCCUCAGACUGGGGAGAUCGCGCUCGACGACUUCAAGAUCAUCUACAUUGCUCCGCUAAAGGCUCUUGUAGCUGAACAGGUCGGCAACUUCGGCAAGCGUUUGGAGCCGUACGGCAUCAAGGUUUCUGAGCUUACGGGUGAUCGCCAACUCACUAAGCAGCAAAUUGCAGAAACCCAGGUUAUUGUCACCACCCCGGAGAAGUACGACGUUAUCACCCGCAAGGCUACCGACACUAGCUACAUCAACCUUGUCCGCCUCAUCUGCAUUGACGAAAUCCAUCUCCUGCACGAUGAUAGAGGCCCAGUCAUCGAAAGCAUCGUGAGCAGAACGCUUCGACGUAGCGAGCAAACUGGGGACCAUGUGCGCAUUGUCGGGCUGAGUGCCACUCUUCCUAACUACCGCGAUGUUGCAAGCUUCCUCCGCGUAGACCCGGAUAAGGGCCUCUUCCACUUCGACGGGACCUUCCGACCCUGUCCCCUGAAGCAGGAGUUCAUCGGUGUCACGGACAAGAAGGCCAUCAAGCAGCUCAAGAUCAUGAACGAUGUCUGUUAUACCAAAGUCCUGGAACAAGUUGGCGAAAAUCGAAAUCAAAUGCUGAUCUUCGUACACUCUCGAAAAGAAACAGCAAAGACUGCCAAGUACAUCCGCGACAAGGCUCUAGAGGAGGAAUCGAUAGGUAAAAUCUUACGAUCCGAUGCUGCCAGUCGCGAGAUCUUGAGGGAAGAGGCUGAAUCAGUGCAAAACACUGAUCUCAAAGACCUUAUGCCCUACGGGUUUGGUAUCCAUCAUGCUGGAAUGUCACGCGCCGACCGUACCUCCGUGGAAGAUCUUUUCGCCGACGGAUCGAUCCAAGUCCUGGUUUGCACAGCAACACUGGCAUGGGGUGUCAACUUGCCCGCUCAUACCGUCAUUAUCAAGGGAACUCAGAUCUACUCCCCUGAGAAGGGCAGCUGGGUCGAGCUCAGUCCUCAAGAUGUCCUACAAAUGCUCGGUCGUGCUGGUCGCCCUCAGUACGAUACCUACGGAGAAGGUAUCAUCAUCACCACCCAGGCCGAGAUCCAAUACUACCUGUCGCUGCUGAACCAACAGUUACCCAUCGAGUCACAGUUCAUUAGCAAACUUGCGGACAAUUUGAAUGCAGAGGUUGUUUUAGGCAACGUGCGUAAUAGAGACGAAGCAGUUGAUUGGCUUGGGUACACCUACCUUUUUGUUCGCAUGCUUCGAUCACCAGGUCUCUACCGAGUUGGUCCGGAGUAUGAAAACGACACAGUGUUGGAGCAGAGACGUGUGGAUCUAGUUCAUGCAGCAGCACAUGUUCUAGAGAAGUGUAGUCUUAUCAAGUACGACAGGAAAUCCGGGUCACUUCAGUCGACCGAGCUUGGAAGGAUUGCGUCGCAUUACUACAUCACACACAACUCCAUGGCGACCUACAACAUGCACAUCCAGCCCGGUAUCAGCGCCAUCGAGCUGUUCCGAGUAUUCGCCCUAAGCGAAGAGUUCAAGUACAUUCCCGUACGCCAGGAUGAAAAGCUAGAACUUGCGAAGCUGCUUGGCAAGGUGCCGAUCCCUGUCAAAGAGGGUGUUGAAGAAGCUCAAGCGAAGAUUAACGUUCUUCUACAAGCCUACAUCUCUCGGCUCAAGCUAGAAGGUCUCGCUCUCAUGGCCGAUCUUGUCUACGUCACGCAGUCAGCGGGGCGUAUCCUACGUGCAAUUUUCGAGAUUUCUCUGAAAAAGGGCUGGUCUCAAGUUGCAAAGUUGGCGCUCGACAUGUGCAAGAUGGCGGAGAAGCGCAUGUGGCCAACCAUGACACCUCUUCGGCAAUUCCACACUUGUCCUCGAGACAUCAUACAAAAAGCUGAGCGAAUUGACGUCAACUGGUCAAGCUACUUUGGUCUUGACCCACCCAGCAUGGGCGAACUUUUGGGUAUGCCAAAGGCCGGCAAGCUUGUCUGCCAACUAGUAGAGAAGUUCCCACGCCUUCAGAUCGAAGCAACACCGCGACCUAUAACAAGGUCUUUACUCCGCAUGGAGCUGACGGUUCGACCCGACUUUGUCUGGGAUACGGAGCUACACGGAGCCUCUGAGGCAUUCUGGAUCUUGGUCGAAGAUUGCGAUGGCGAACAAAUUCUGUUCCACGAUCAAUUCAUCCUCCGUAGGGACUACGCUGAUGGCGAGAUGAACGAGCACCUAAUUGAGCUAACGGUGCCUAUCGACGAGCCAAUGCCGCCGAACUACUUCAUCACUGUCCUCUCCGAUCGAUGGAUGGCCUCUGAGACCAAGCUCGCCGUCUCUUUCCAAAAGCUCAUUCUUCCCGCAAAGUUCCCAGCCCACACUCCUGUUCUCGAUCUCCAGCCCUUGCCUGUCUCCGCACUAAAGAAGAAGGAAUACACGGGUCUAUACGACAACGUGAGCCGUUUCAACAAGGUCCAAACACAAGUAUUCAACUCGCUGUACACGACAGAUGACAACGUCCUUGUCGGUGCUGCGGCAGGCAACGGCAAGACUUUCUGCGCCGAGUUUGCUAUUCUACGGCACUGGGCCAGCAACAACGAAGGCCGAAUCGUUUAUCUAGCACCUUUCCAGGAGCUUGUCGAUACUCAGUUCAAGAACUGGAAUGAGCGCCUUUCCGGCCUCGGUGGAGGCAAAGACGUGGUUAAGCUCACCGGCGAAACCACGGCAGACCUCCGUUUGCUUGAGAAGGGCGACCUUAUUUUGGCUACACCUUCCCAAUGGGACUCGAUUUCGCGGCAGUGGCAACGACGGAAGAAUGUUCAAUCUGUAGCUCUUCUGAUCGCUGAUGAGUUGCAUAUGCUGGGUGGCUCAGGCGGGCACGUAUACGAAAUUGUGGUGUCCCGUAUGCAAGCAAUGGCAGCACAACUUGAGUCAAAAUUGCGCAUCGUCGGCCUCAGCGUCUCACUGUCAAAUGCGCGAGACAUUGGCGAGUGGAUCGGUGCGACCAAGCACACCAUUUACAAUUUCAGCCCUGGCAUCCGAGCAGUGCCAUUGGAGUUAAAGAUUCAAUCAUUCACUAUCCCUCACUUUCCAUCGCUGAUGAUGGCAAUGGCUCGACCAACAUACGCCGCGAUUACACAGCUGUCCCCAGACAAGCCCGCUAUGGUGUUUGUACCAAACAGGAGGCAAGCUCGCAAUUCUGCUGCUGAUUUGUACAAUGCUUGCGUCGCCGACGAGGAUGAUGACCGCUUCCUGAAUGUCGAACUAAAAGAUAUUGAGCACCUCCUUGAAAAGGUCAACGAGCAAUCCCUCGCUACGUCCCUUGCUCAUGGUAUUGGAUAUUUCCACGAGGCCCUCAACUCUUUCGACAAGAGAGCCGUGCAACACUUGUUCAAGAUUGGGGCUAUCCAGGUAUUGAUAGUCUCACGUGAUUCGUGCUGGGAAAUCGACAGCGGCGCCCAUCUGGUGAUUGUUCAGGGCACCCAAUUUUACGAGGGUCGAGAACAUCGCUAUGUUGACUAUCCCAUCAGCGAUAUCCUGCAGAUGUUUGGAAAGGCUGGCAGGGUAGGUAAGGACAAAUCAGCAAAGGGUGUCCUGAUGUUGCCCGCGGUGAAGCGCGAGUACUACAAGAAGUUCUUGAACGAGGCCCUACCCGUGGAGAGCUAUCUCCACGAUUACCUCCACGAUGCCUUUGUCGCCGAGAUCAGCGCGAAGACGAUUGAGUCCACACAAGAAGCUGUUGACUGGUCUACCUACACAUACUUCUAUCGACGUCUCCUCGCCAACCCUAGCUACUACAACCUCCACGAUACCUCCCAUGAGGGUCUCAGCGCGCAUUUAUCCGAGCUUGUUGAGCAGACAUUGAAGGAGCUAGCAGACGCGAACCUGAUUGAGCAUGAUGAGGAAGAGGAUGCGAUCACGCCUCUGAACCCUUGUAUGAUCGCAGCGUACUACAACAUCUCUUUCAUCACCAUGCAAACGCUCAUGAUGUCGCUCAACGGCAGAACCAGCUUGAAGGGCGUGCUAGAGAUCAUCACCGCCGCCACCGAGUUCGAGGACAUACAAAUCCGGCGUCACGAGGAGCACAUUCUCCAACGCAUCUACGACCGUGUACCAUUCAAGAUGCAAGAACCAAGCUUCGAGACACCACACUUCAAAGCUUUCGUUCUGCUCCAAGCGCACUUUUCACGCAUGCAACUACCCAUCGACCUUGCCAAAGACCAAGAAACCGUCCUCCGCAAAGUGCUCAACAUCCUCAGCGCAAGCGUCGACGUGCUCUCAUCAGAAGCGCACCUCAAUGCCAUGUUCGCUAUGGAGCUCUCGCAAAUGGUUGUCCAAGCAAUGUGGCAGAAAGACUCGCCAUUGAAACAGAUUCCACACUUCGACAACGACACCAUCAAAGCUAGCCAGAAGUUUAGUAUCAACGACGUCGAAGACUUCAUCAACGCCAUGGACGAGGAUGAGAAUCAGAGUUACAAGAAAUUGAUUGCUGCGCUUGAUGUUGAUCAAAGGCAACUGGCCGAUAUUGCCAAUUUCACGAAUAAUUUCUACCCCAAUGUCGACCUUGACUACAAACUUGUCGAUGCCGAAUCCAUUACUUCAAACUCGCCCACCCAACUUCGCGUCAGCAUCACGCGCAACAUCGACGAAGACGAGGAACUCAAGACAGAAGUCCACGCACCCUUCUAUCCUGCCGAUAAGACGGAGAGUUGGUGGCUGGUUGUUGGAGAUCAGAAGGAGCAUAGCUUGCUGGCGAUCAAGAAGGUGCCGAUUUUGAGAAAACUGGAGACGGUGAUGGAAUUUACGCUCGAAAAGGCUGGGUCAAGGGAGUUGACGCUAUAUCUUGUGAGUGAUAGUUAUCUGGGAGUUGAUCAGGCGCCUACGUUCGCCGUGGAUGCGGCUGAGGGUAUGGAUGAGGAUAGCGAGGAAGAGGAAGAUGAGGAGUAAACGUGUAGGUGCUGGAAUUAUCAGCAAGGUCAUUUGGUCUGCUUAGGUGAAAUUUUGUUCUGGCGUUCUCGGAUCAAAGUUGGGAUAUCUUGUAUUGUAUCAUAUGCUGUCAAUUCGCAUCAAGUAAAUUAGCUGCACAUGAAUCUCCUGUCUCUUUCUCUCUCUGAAAUGCCAUGCCUUGUACAAACGUUUUGGAGCUCGACUAAGAGAAUUAAAGCAUAGCAAGUGAGUGAGAUUAACGGAUCAGCUCAAAACAAAGUCUGUGUUUCUGGU